AAAAAAGAAUAUCACAAUCCGCUUGGUCGAAUAUUUGUUGUCUGAUAAGAUUUGUACCGGUUUUCAUGGGAACUCUCAGCCGCGGACACAAGCACGCUAACAAGGAAGCAUGAAACAUUGAAACUAUGCAUCAAAGCGUUCUCUGGGAAACGAUCAAUUGCACCACGAAAUACGAAUCAUAGAGAUUGCCAGAUUGGAGUAUCGCGACACACUUUGUCUUCAUUUCAUUUCCCUCUCCUUUACAGUUCGACCCUCACCCAUGAACUGUAAGCAUGGGGCUUUUCUUUUGGUCGCUUCUCCAUCGUCUCUACCUCUGAGUUCUGGUCCUAAGUCUGUAACUUUCCCAAAAUUUCGCCCAACCCCUUGUGCAUUCCUUCAGAGGAAAGCGACCCGUUGGCUGGUGAAGAAGGCGAGCCUUCAAAUUAGAGCUUUGGCUGGUGAUAAUGGUCACACAGCAGAUUGGUCUAAGUGGGUACCCCCCAGCGCUCUCGCUGCUGAUAAAGUUCUCAGAUUGAUUGCAGGUGCCACAGCUAGCCCCAUUGGUCAGCACAUAGCUUCACCCACUACGUUUCUCCAUUCUGUAGACCCUCGAAUCAAAUUGGUGUGGCUUGUGGCUCUGGUUGUUCUGCCAGCAAGAUCACAUAUAGUUAUGAGAUUUGGAUUAGUUAUAUAUUUGACUCUGCUAUCAAUUUGGACUCUACCAAAAGAUGUUUGGAUGGAUCAAUUGGGAAGAGUGUAUUUGCUCUCAGGAUUGUUAUUCAUAAUGUUAGGGCUUGGUUCAGAUGGUGUUCCCCCCCUUGUCCAGUCGAGAACCCCACCACCUGCCAUGAUGGGGCUUCCUGAUCUUCCUGUAUCUUUAAGAGGUUAUUCUUACGUAAUCAUGAAGUUAGGCCCACUAACUUUUACAAGGAAAGGCUUAUCUGUUGCAAGCACCGCUGCAUGUUUAACUUUCAUUGUAUUUCAAAGCGCGAGCCUCUGCCUGGCAACCACAACCCCAGAACAACUAGCUUUUGCUCUGCGAUGGUUUUUGCUCCCUCUAAGACACAUAGGUGUCUCUGUUUCAGAAAUUGUGCUUACCCUUUUGCUCUCAUUGAGGUUUGUUAGUCUCGUUUUUGAUGAGGUCAGGAAUGUUGCUUUGGGGAUUAUAUCUCGAAGGAUAAAUUGGCAACAGCUAACUGUUAUGGAGACAAUUGAUAUUUUUUUUAACUACUUCCGGCGCAUAUUCAAAAAUAUCUUCAGCCAUGCAGAGCAAAUUUCUCAGGCUAUGAUAGUCAGAGGAUUUAAAGGGGACAGUGGCUCUCAUAAAAUUUACUUCCUGUCUGAAUCAUCUUUCGGCACAGCAGAUAUCGUAUCACUGUUGAGCUUGACAGUCCUCAUCGGAGCAGCCUUCCUGUCUGAGUGCUACCUUAUCUAGUAUACCAGGUGGAAAAUAAUAAUGGAGUCCCUUGUGGCAGGAGACAGAGCCAUCCUAUUUAAUUAUAAAGUUUCCGUAUGAAGAUAUUAAUUAAAACUUAUAGAUGACCAGAUAAAUUUGGAUUAGCACUUUCUUUCUCAAAACUUUGUUGUAGGUAAAUUUAUUCAAUUAUUUAUUUGAUAUAUAUGAUAGUCUUUCUGUGCA